AUGGGCUUAGAUUUCAGAACAGCCACGCAGUCCGCUGCACUUCUGCUAUCACUGCUGGGAUGGGUUUUAGCCUGCCUUACAAACUACUUGCCACACUGGAAGAACCUCAACCUGGAGCUGAACGAGAUGGAAAACUGGACCAUGGGGCUCUGGAAAUCCUGCGUCAUCCAGGAGGAAGUGGGGAGGCAAUGCAAGGACUUUGACUCCUUCUUGGCCUUGCCAGCCGAACUCCAGAUCUCCAGGAUCUUGAUGUCUCUGUCGAAUGGGCUGGGGCUGCUGGGGCUGCUGGCCUCUGGCUCUGGCCUGGACUGCUUGAGGCUUGGAGAGACCCAGAAGGAUCUGAAGAGGCGGUUGCUUAUCCUAGGAGGGCUCCUGCUCUGGACUUCGGGCGUGAUGGUCCUGGUUCCUGUCUCCUGGGUGGCCCACAUGACAGUAGAGGAGUUCUGGGAUGAGACUCUGCCUGAGAUUGUGCCCAGGUGGGAGUUUGGGGAGGCCCUUUUCCUUGGCUGGUUUGCUGGCUUCUGCCUUGUGUUAGGAGGGUGUCUGCUUCACUGUGCAGCCUGCUCAAGCCCAGCUCCUCCAGCCUCGGGCCGCUAUGCAGUGACAGGAUUGCAAGACCACUGUCAGCAACUGGAGCUGAAACACGCCAACCCAGAAAUCUAA